AUGGUUACGGACCAGUUGGAAAAAGGCAUUGACAGUGAGCUGGAUGAGGCCAACCUCGUCGACUGGGACGGUACCGACGAUCCCACCAAUCCCAGAAACUGGCCGAAGCUCAAGAAAUGGACGCAUAUUGUCACUAUUUCCAUUUUAGCUCUCACCACGAAUAUGGCUCCGACAAUGUGCGCACCUGGGAUUAGCGGUAUUUCUGCAGAUCUUGGAAUUACUUCCAGUGCCGUCAGCACCCUCGCCAUCACUCUGUAUGUCCUUGGAUUGGCCAUUGGGCCCAUGUUCAUGUCUCCCCUCAGCGAGGUGUACGGACGUGUGCCGGUAUACCAUACUGCUAAUAUUAUCUUCGUCGCCUUCAUUAUUGGCAAUGCGCUGAGCCGGAACGUCGGUCAGUUCCUGGUCUUCCGAUUCAUAUCAGGCUGUGCGGGCGGCACCCCCAUGGCUCUAGGCGGAGGAACCAUUGCAGACAUCACCACUAUUGAGCAAAGGGCGGUUGCGAUGGCUUUCUUUAGCAUGGGACCACUCGCAGGACCGGUCCUUGGCCCUGUCAUUGGAGGCUUCCUCGCUGCAAGUAAAGGCUGGCGCUGGACUUUCUGGUUACUAGCCAUAUUGGGAGGAUCCUUUGGUAUUGCUGCUUUUGUUAUCAUGAGCGAAACACAUCCCAAGGUCCUCCUCGAGCGUAAAACUGCCAGUCUCCGCGCUGACCCUAGGAAUCAUCAUCUCCGUUCCAAGCUUGCCGGAAAGCCCCUCUCCCCGCGUCAGGCUCUCCUCCAGGUUCUUAUCCGCCCUACUGUGCUUCUGUUCCGGUCGCCUAUCCUCUUUGUCAUAUCCCUCUAUGUGGCCUUGGUGUUUGGAGUGAUGUAUCUGCUAUUUACCACCUUCACCGGCGUAUUCGAGGGCCAGUACGGGUUCAGCACUUCCGUGUCCGGGCUGGUGUACCUCGGUCUCGGAGUCUCCCUUGUCGCCAGCAUGCUGAUAUUCAACAUCCUGAAUGGCCGCCUUCAGUCAGCGCAAUCGAAGGCUGAGGGGUUGCAACAGCCCCGGCCGGAGUACCGAUUACUUCCUAUGAUCUGGUUCAGUCCGCUUGUUAGCCUUGGCCUCUUCAUAUACGGCUGGACUGCCUACUACAAGGUCCAUUGGAUGGUACCUAUUGUCGGCACUGCUUUUAUGGGCUGUGGGGCCUUUUUCGUCAUGAUGCCCGCGCAGCUCUAUCUGGUCGACGUAUUUGGUUCCCAAGCUGCAGCCUCUGCGCUCGGGGCCAAUAACCUCCUGCGUUACAUUUUCAGUACCUUUCUGCCGCUGGCGGGACCAAGCAUGUACGAUGCUUUGAACUACGGUUGGGGCAAUACCUUGCUAGGAUUCCUUGCCCUUGCAUUUGUCCCGGGGCCUCUUCUUUUCUACAGAUAUGGCGAACGUCUUCGUGCUAGAAUAUCUAUCACGCUUUGA